AUGAAAGGAGGCAGCCUCUCGUUUCUCUUUGUUCUUCUCAUCUCCACCAUGACAUCCGUCUUCUGCUUCCGAGACGGAAUGUUACCAAACGGCGGUUUCGAGCGAGGUCCAAAACCAUCGGACAUGAAAGGAACACGAGUAAUAAACAAGAACGCUAUUCCAAACUGGGAGCUCUCUGGCUUCAUCGAAUACAUCAAGUCGGGUCAAAAACAAGGAGACAUGCUCCUCGUGGUCCCUGCCGGAAAAUUCGCAGUCCGGCUAGGCAACGAGGCAUCUAUCAAACAAAGACUUAACGUGACAAAAGGAAUGUACUACUCUCUCACGUUCAGUGCCGCAAGGACUUGUGCUCAAGACGAACGGCUCAACAUAUCCGUGGCACCUGACUCUGGCGUUAUUCCUAUUCAGACGCUGUACAGUAGCAACGGGUGGGACCUAUACGCGUGGGCGUUUCGGGCCGUGAGUGACGUGGCAGAGAUCGUGAUUCAUAAUCCUGGUGAAGAGGAACAUCCUGCUUGUGGACCACUUAUUGAUGGUGUUGCUAUCAAGGCUCUAUACCCUCCGAGACCUACCAAUAAGAAUAUAUUAAAAAAUGGAGGAUUUGAAGAAGGUCCCUAUAUAAUCCCAAACGCAACAACCGGCGUUCUGAUUCCUCCCUUCAUCGAAGAUAAGAACUCUCCUUUACCCGCUUGGAUAAUAGAAUCCCUCAAAGCCGUCAAAUACGUUGACGUGGAACACUUCUCUGUCCCACAAGGCCGUCGAGCCGUGGAGCUGGUCGCGGGGAAAGAAAGCGCAAUCGCUCAGGUGGCUCGAACCAUCGUAGGGAAGAGUUACGUGCUUUCUUUUGCGGUUGGAGACGCCAACAACGCGUGCAAAGGCUCGAUGAUAGUCGAGGCGUUUGCGGGAAGAGAUACCUUGAAGGUUGCUUAUGAGUCGAAAGGGAAAGGAGGUUUCAAACGUGCUUCUUUGAAAUUCGUGGCGGUUUCGAACCGCACUAGGGUUAUGUUUUACAGUACGUUUUACGCGAUGAGAAGUGAUGAUUUCUCGUCGCUGUGUGGUCCUGUGAUCGACGAUGUUAAGCUACUUGGCGUUCGUACACCCUGA